ACAGCUUAAACUAGUAGCUCCCUUAAUUCCACAACCGCAACAACGACACAUACCAUGGGAAAAAUAACACUGUACGGCAUCGACGGUAGUGCUCCGGUGCGCUCUGUCCUCCUGACCCUCAACGCCUUGGAAUUGCCUUUCGAUUAUAAGAUUGUCAAUCUCUUUGCCAAGGAGCAAUUGAAACCGGAGUUUCUCAAAAUGAAUCCCCAACACACUGUGCCCACACUGGAUGAUGAUGGCUUCUAUGUGUACGAUAGUCAUGCCAUCAAUUCAUAUCUGGUUAGCAAAUAUGGCAAAACGGAUUCACUAUAUCCCAAGGAUCUGCAGGCGCGGGCUAUUGUCGAUCAACGUUUGCACUACGAUUCCAGUGUGGUGGGCACCAAACUACGGGCCAUUCUGUUCCCCGUACUUCGUUUGAAUCAGACCGAAGUCAGCCAAGAGAAAAUCGAUGGCCUCACCGAAGUCUAUGACACAUUGGAACUUUUCUUGAAAGCCAACGAUUACAUUGCUGCCAAACAGUUGACGAUAGCCGAUUUCCAUAUCAUUGCUGUCUUGACCACCAUGUUUGCCUUCCUAGAACUGGAUGCCGGCAAAUAUCCAAAAUUAUCCGAAUGGGUGAAACGCAUCAAGCAGUUGCCCUACUACGAGGAGGCGAAUGGCAAGCGAUUGGAACAAUUCCUGGGCUUGAUCAAAAGCAAAAAUAUUACCAUUGUUUAGUUUGCGUUAAUGUUAUUAUUUAAAAAUAAAUCCACUAUUUAGAUACUUA